CAGUAGUUAAGUGGAUAGUGAUGGAAUCCCAAAAAUUCACUGAGGGAGAAUUUUAUCAGGGAUGUUUUGAUUCUAGAGCAUACAAUGACAUGUUUUACUCUAGUCCACAGGGUCACUCAGACGAGCAAAAUUUCCUUACUUUCGUUUUACAAUCUCUGAGCAAGACUUUUUCUAGUGGGAAGUACAGAGGUCGAACACUGAUUGAUGUUGGAAGCGGACCUACUAUUCACAGCGUGAUUAGUGCUUCAAAGUAUUUUGAUGAGUUCGUGCUGUCCGAUUACACUGACAGAAAUCGCAAGGAAAUUGAGAAAUGGCUAAAAGCCGAGGAGGGAUGUUUUAACUGGAAACCAGUCAUCCAAUAUGUGUGUGAGCUGGAAGGAAGAAGCCCGUCAGAAGUGGAAAGUGAACUGAGGCAGCGAGUGAAGCGUGUGUUGAAAUGUGACGUUCGUCUAGAGAAUCCUUUCCAUCCCCUGAACCUAGAGCCCGCGGACUGUGUGAUCACGUCUCUGUGCCUUGAAGGGGCAUGUAAAGAUACUGAGACCUACAGCCGCGCUCUGCGUAGCCUGCGUGCGCUCCUGCGACCCGACGGAGCGUUGGUGAUGGUUGGUGUGCUUGGAGAAACCUUCUACACGGUGGCGGGACAGAAAUUCUCCUGUCUUUCUUUGACCCAGAGCAAUAUCGAGGAUUUGCUGAAAAAUCUGGGCUUCACGGUUCAAGAGUUUAAUGUUUUCCAACCACAAGAUCUGAAAGACAACACGGUUUCAGACUUCGAGGCUGUUUUUCACCUUAUCGCUUUGAAAUCUGUUAACUAGGCCUACCUCUCACUGUAUUCCAUUUACCGAUUUGUGUUUGUAUAUGAC